GAUGUCAAUUUUGACCGUACUUUGCUUUGAUCUUGAAGACAACUUUUAAAGGGGGUGAUUCCGGACACACAAAUUCGCAACCGCUCCUAAGAAACAGGGCUGAGAUAUUUCGUUAUGCAGGACCCAACACAGGCAGGUGUCAAGAUAGGCCCCCACCAGAGGUACAACCCUCUCACGGGCACUUGGGUUCUUGUCUGUCCUAACCGGGCUAAAAGACCCUGGCAGGGGAAGGUGCAUGAACAGCCCAAGAAGGACCAGCUGCAGAGUUCGUCUCAAGGUCGAUCGACUGGAAAGGUUGUGACAGCUGAUUCACAACCAAACCAAUUGGCACCAGGAGGUGUUCGCUCAAACGGCCAGGCAUGGGUCAAGAUAGGCCCCCACCAGAGGUACAACCCUCUCACGGACACUUGGGUUCUUGUCUGUCCUAACCGGGCUAAAAGACCCUGGCAGGGGAAGGUGCAUGAACAGCCCAAGAAGGACCAGCUGCAGAGUUCGUCUCAAGGUCGAUCGACUGGAAAGGUUGUGACAGCUGAUUCACAACCAAACCAAUUGGCACCAGGAGGUGUUCGCUCAAACGGCCAGGUGAACCCGGAUUAUGAUUCAGUAUAUACAUUUCCAAACGACUUCCCGGCACUGUUGCCCAGAACAGGGCUAGAAAGUGGCGAGAAAACCUUCGAAAGGGAAGAAAGCGAUGAUGAUCUAUUUGUCAACAAAUCCGCCUAUGGGUACUGCGAAGUCAUGUGUUUCCACCCCGAUUCCAGCCUGACCAUUCCUCUGAUGAGCCAGCUUCAAAUCAGGGUUGUGAUUGACAGCUGGUGUGAUCGACUGUUGCACCUGGGCAAAACUUAUAAGUGGGUGCAGAUAUUCGAAAACAAGGGCCAAAUUAUGGGAUGCUCCAAUCCUCAUCCUCAUUGCCAAAUUUGGUCUAGUGAUUUCUUGCCCCAAGAAUGCUCAAAAGAGGAUACUUGCUUGCGAAAUUACAAAAACAAACAUGGGUCGAAUUUGUUGAUCGACUAUGUUAACAAAGAGUUACAAAAACACGAGCGGAUAGUUGUUAAAAACGACCACUGGGUGGCCAUAGUUCCAUACUGGGCGCUAUGGCCUUUCGAGACCAUAGUCCUACCUCUGAGUCACAGACUCAGACUGACUGACUUGAGCCAUUCAGAGCGGGAUUCUCUAGCCCGCAUGAUGAAAGAUUUGACGACCAAGUAUGACAACUUAUUCACGUGUUCCUUUCCAUACUCGAUGGGAUUUCAUGGUGCACCCACCGGAGAUGGUUAUGGGGAAAAAGAGGAGGAGGGGGAGUAUUCCCACUGGCAACUUCAUUUGCAUUACUACCCACCCCUGUUGCGGUCCGCCUCAGUGCAGAAAUUUAUGGUGGGGUAUGAGAUGCUGGCCCAGCCUCAGCGGGACAUCACUCCCGAAAUGGCCGCCGAAUUUCUCAAAGUGCAGUCAACUACGCAUUACUCGGAACAAUAGAACUCUGGACAAAGUGGUCUAUGAAGUCAUCUAUUGCAAAUUUUAACUCUCAUAUUUAAAAGUUUAUUAGGUGCUGCCCGCACUGGCAAAGAUGGGUUAAAGUAGAUUGGAACAGA